AUGUCUAGUACGCCCGCCCCUACCGUUGGUCCCCCAUCUCCCCUGCCUACUACCUCCGACAUCUCAAUCGGCGAUGCCACCACCCUCGCUCCAGUCUCCGACACCUAUCUUAAUCCCACACACCCUGGCGUUGACAACCCAUCCACGUCUUUCUCGGAUGAGCUCGCCGCACUGUCUGAGCUCUACGACCUCGGCACAGAUCCCUCGCUCGGUGGCGGCAGUGCACCGACCUUUGGCCAAACGUAUGGGGAAAUGAUGGUCGCGGCAACGCGCCGUCUCGUCCCCCCUGCGCGUUGGGUGAGCAUAGUUGAAGAAAUCGCGGAAUACCACCAGUCCCUGGUCAUCGCGGAGCUCCUGGAUGCGCCGCGCCCCUCCACGUUAAGCCCGCGGACCCACGCAGUCUUGGUCGACACCCUCUUCGCCGGUGCUGCGGCGGCAACGGACCUCCAUGCGGCAGGAAGCUCCGGCGACGUGGGCGUGGGCGUGGAUUCCACCUGCGCGGCCACAGGUAGCGCGCGCCCCCCCACAGCCCAUGAGGGGGAGCAGGAGGAUCGCAGCCCGGAGGCGAGCACUGGUUCAAAGUCGCCUGCGGAGUGGAUGUUGGGGCCAGACAUGGGCACGGCAGGUGGGGGCGCAGGUCCCGUGUCGCAGACGCGCAGGCGCAGGCACAAGAGAAAGGGGAAGGGGAAGGGGAAGCGUGCGGGCAGGGGUGCGCACGCGCGCGGGGACGCGGUUGCAAGCGUGGAUGUGGGCACGAUCACUGGUGCAGGUGGAGUCGUUGGUGUGACUCCUGCACACCCCUCAGUCGAGGACGAGCUUCCCGGGCUCAUCACGCCUGUUCACUCCGACGUCUCUGAUACUUCAGACGACGAGUAG